GUCGCAACGGUAACCGAAGCGAUCACAUGACACCAUGACAACAACAACAACUGUCCACCAACAUUAAGAAGAAAAACCUUCAGGACAAACCCUUCAUUCAAACUGCACCUACUAUCAAGAAGAAGAAAAACCUUCAUGCAAACUGCACGUAACGUGAGAAUGAAGAGGCACUCGGAUAAAGUUUAAUUUAAGAAAUAAUACUCCAGCCGUGCCUAUUCGCUGACAGUGACCCACUAAGGCUGCAAACUGCUCGCAUCGUCAAGGAAAAAGAAGAGGGUUGCUCUUCUUAUAACUUGAGCCUAGAGAUGAGGCCUUAUACCCUUAGACAGAAAGUAAAAAACUUUGCCAUCGCAUCGAGGGUCAUUGUCUUGGCAGUACAGGCUAUAUCAAAUUUGCUGAUACCAGACCACCAAGCAGAUGCUUUUAUCUCUCCUGAAGAUCCUGAAGUACCGGUAUCAUGGCCAGACCAGAUAGUCAAAAUGCUCUUGGGUGGUUUGGUGCGUUGGGAUGCCCAAUACUUUCUACACAUUGCGCAAUAUGGUUACACACAUGAAAACACCCUUGCUUUCUUUCCACUUUUUCCUUUAAUUGUGCGUUUCAUCACUGCCAUUUUGAAUGUACCAUUGCAGUUUAUAUUUAAUUAUUAUAGUGUCCUCCUAAUAUCUGCAGUAUUCAUAAACUUUUAUCUGUUCAUAAAGACAGCAGUGAUUUUUCAUAAAUUGAGUGAAGAAGUGCUAAGGAGCGAUGUGCUAGCAUAUCGAGCAGCAUUGCUGUUCUGUGUGAACCCAGCAAGUAUUUUCUUCACUGCACCAUACUCAGAGGGGCUGUUUGCCUUCUUAACUUUCUCUGCCCUCUUGAUGAAUGAGACCAGGAGCACCUCUGCUGCUGCCAUACUCUUUGGACUAGCUUCUGCAGCCAGAUCAAAUGGUUUGGUUAAUGUUGGAUUCAUACUCUACAGAAAGCUUCAAGACUGCUCAAAUUAUUUUUAUAAGAUUCGAAAUGCAACUACAGACUCUGGCCAGCUGUCUCUCCUCUUGGUACUGGUCCUGACGUUCAACUAUACUCUCAUACCUUUGUUUAUUGGCUGCUUCCUGGUCAUCCUCCCAUUUGCCCUCUUCCAAAUGUGGUGUUAUAAUAUGUACUGUGGUGAAGAAGGCAGUUAUCCAUCCCUCGCUCCUCAUCUGGAGGUGUUUGUGCGAUCAAACUUCCUGCAUUCCCCUGAUCUUGGUGAAGCUGAAUGGUGCUAUAACUUUCCUCCUCUAGCUUAUUCUCAUGUACAAGAUAAAUAUUGGGAGGUGGGAUUUUUGCGGUAUUAUGAGGUGCGACAAGUGCCUAAUUUCAUCCUAGCCUUGCCAGUUGUGAUGAUUAUCAUCUGUCAUGCAGCACUGUAUAUGGUCGACAACCCACAGGUUUGUUGGGCUCUAGGCAUUCCCCAGUCUGUGGCAGAACAAAAGACCAGUAAACAAACUGUUUUUUGGGCAGAAGAUGGCAUUAAUUCCUGGCGGAUAUUUAUCUACACUGCUCACUCUCUCUGCUUGUGUGCAUUCUGUGUUCUAUGCAUUCAUGUCCAAGUGACCACACGACUACUGUGUUCCAGUUGUCCUGUUGUGUACUGGUUUGCUGCCCAUCUUAUCUCAGAUCAUCCAAAGAACUCUGCGGAGGAAAGCACCAAAGAAAAUGAUGAUCAUCUCGCUGAAUGCCUUGCGAACAUGACCAAGCGUUACCAUGUUUCUCUUCUUUCAGAGCUUCCUAAGCCAUUUUGGGGGCAAGUUAUUUUGUCAUAUUUCCUAUUGUAUUUUUUUAUAGGUAUAAUUUUAUAUUCAAACUUUUUACCAUGGACAUGAAUUCAGACAUGAGGGAGAAACAAAAAAAAAAGAGGUAUAUAAAAUAUGACCUUGUCUGCAUUUGAAGACAUUUUUAUUUAAACCAAUGACUUGAUUUAAAUAAUAAUGAUCUUAAUAUCAAAAACAAUUUGCAAAAAGUAACUAGUCAUGUUCAAAGGUUCUUAAAAUAUUUAAUUAUUUAUGGUUCAUACGUUACAUUACAGCAGAUUGAUGAAGCAAAGGACUUUUAGAGUCAAAAUCCACCACUCAUUAAAAGUUGCACAACAGGUGGGUGCAGCAAUUAGAAAAGCUAACCAACCUCUUGGGAUAAUCAAGUGUACUUUUGACUACAGUAUGAGAAAAAGAAGGUAAUGGUUCAACUGUAUAAAUCUCUGGUGCGCCCCCAUUUGGAUUACUGUAUCCAAGCAUGGAAACUUCAUUUUCGGAAGGACAUAGCUGCUCUGGAGAAAGUGCAAUACUGGGCAACAAAAGUCAUUCCAGGGCUAAGUCAUCUGCCAUAUCAGAAACACUUGAAGGCCACAGGGCUUCAAUACUACAAACCAGGCCUGACAGGGCAGAUCUCAUUUAAACUUUUAAAAUACUGUUCAAGUUAAAGGAUGUUGAUCUGGAUAUUUUCUUCAGAAGAUCAGAUGUAACACAAACAAGGAGCAGCAGUUUCAGGCUCAACAAGCCACAAUAUAGGACUGAAAACAAGAGAUGCUUUUUCUUCCACAUAGUUAUUAACUCAUGGAACCGCCUACCCACCGAAGCCGUAACUGCCAAAACUGUGUUGAGUUUCAAAAUAUACCUAGGAAAGAUCAUCAAGGCAAAUGGGGGGGACCUUUGACAAGCUGCUGGGUUCCAGUCCCCGUUGAGGCCACUAUGGUUAGUAAAUGGUUCAGGUAAAUCAGGUAAGGUAAAUACAAGUUUAUUUAAAUUGUCUUGACCACAAAAAAUAGAAUACAACUCUGGGAAAGAUGAGAAAUAUAAUUAACAUUCCUAUUUUGCCCAAAAACAUAUAUUUCUUCACUCUUCCAUAAGGUCAUAUAGGGUAACACUCUUGACCUUAGACUUCUUGGCUGCUCCUGUAGUCGGAACUGAAUGAUCCACUCAGAACACUAUUCACUGCAAGACUGUGUGUGGUUCUUUGACACUUCUCUUCAUGCUGUUUGAGGGCAUAGGGACAUUGUGUGUCUUUGCCUCGAGCUACCAUCAUCAGUAACCAUCAUCGACUCUGGAUGAUGGGUUUUGGUUAGUUUACACAGAGUACAGUCCACUUGUGGUUGAGCUGCCUGUUUGGCCUUCAUCUUGAAGUUGGUUGGCAUAGUUACCUGUACUCAAGACUUGUCUUUUCAAGGCUUCAUUGGUCAGGUCGGUAUGGUAUCCCUACCGAGUCUGAAAUAUGUGGCCCUUCUCCCCUUUUUCUGAUACUACCUUCUUGCCUCCAACAUACCUCUAUUGGGUACCUGAUCAGUUUCAUCUUUGCGUGUGACCUGUGUCAGUUGUAGACAUUAACACUGCUUGAGUUCUCCUUGUGUUGUGCAGCUUAUGGUGGGUCUGUGUAUUUGAAGACCUGUGCAAUGUGUUUCCAGUGCUUGCAAUUCCCUGCUUUGGCUGACACAGGUUCUGAGCUGUUAUUGGUCAUGAUGGGUGAAAAAGUCAUUGAGAGUAGGCAGGUGGCAUGUGUAUGAAUGGACCCAUAUACACUGCUGGCUCAAAGAAGCUACCAGGGGACCAACUCUGAAAAAACAUUUCAUUUUAUUUAAUAUCCUGUUGUUUUAAUAUUUAUGAGCCUAAGUAACAUUUGUAUUUGGUACAAUAUUACCUGUCAGUCUAUUCUUUUCAAACUUUUGUACAAUGUAUGCACUGAGUCGCUCAUUUGUCAACAUUGUGUACACAUUUUUAAAGUAAAGGCCCAUCUUGCUGAAAAUUCAAUUCACAUUUCCAUAAUUAUCUUUAUUUAAUGUGAAGGAUUUAGCUUGUAUAUUUUGAAAUCUAAUCUGAAGGUUAUAAUUAUUUUACAUUCCUUUACGUAUAACCGCUCUGUUCCCUUGGAAAUUGGAUGCACAGAGUUGAAGAGUGGCCAAAUAUCCCACCCUGUCUAGGCUUCAAACUCGGGUCCUCGUACUUCUGAGAAUUUGCUAACCACUACAAAGAAGACUGUCCUUUAGUUGAUUUGUACAGUAUGUAAAUUCAAGUGCAGAGGGACACACAUUUAGUGAUGAGCACUCUAGCAAUAGUUCACAGCAAUUUUUAGGCAAAAGUUUUUUAUACACAUUUACACUAACAAAAUAACCAUAUUUUAGCAUAUUCUUAUCUUUUGACAGAUUCUUAAAAUAACUGCUAAUUUUUGCUAUGGAUUUCUAUAAGCUAUCACCUUAAAUACUUAAAUAAAUAAAUAAAUAAAUAAAUAAAAAUAAUACACAGUACAUAGAGUAUACACUUUUUGGUGCUUAGUGAUGUAAUGGAGUAGGAAAAGAGAAUAGGGAAGGAUAGAAGGAUUUUCUGCAAUUGAUUAUGAAGGACAAGGAAAGCAUGAAGAAGGAAUGAGACUGAAAUCUUCCACUUUAAAAUAAUAAAAUAAUUAGAUAUCUCCAGCCCUGCACUUGCCAGUCCAUUAAGAGAAAACAUGUACUGUACACCCUUGCAUAGCUGGAUACUAAAUGUGAUUGAAAACAGUCCAUUUACAGAUUGUUAUCUGUUUAUAAAUGUAGUAGGCACUGACAUGAAGGAGAAAUCAUAAACCUUGAUACUGUAUUAGUCUUCUAGCCACAGGUAAUUUCUAACUUGUCAUGGCACUAAAUUAUUUAGUUUCUUUGAAAAAGCAAGAAUGAAUUAUUCUAUGAACUUAUUGGCAAUAAGGCCUUACCUAUUCAAAGGUCAUUCUAUAGAACAAAAGAUAGUAUUUAACACCUUGUUCGUUCACUUUGGAUCAUCUAGCAGAUGACAACUCCAGAAAGGUUUAAAUGUCUUGAAGACUUAGGAUGAUGUGAAAUUUCUGCAGCAUCGUGGCAUAUCCUUUUGACAAAAACAUGUGCUUCUUUCACUGAAAGGCACUGGGACGGUUGCUCUUCAUUUACUUAUCUCAAACUGAUAAUGAAAACAGGUGACUGCAUCUCAGAUCUCAUUAGUUUGGAUGAUUAUCGGAACAAAAGAACGUUUGGAAUUACUAUUUAACAUUCUUUGCCAUUGCUGCAUCUUCUUAUAGUCUAUUAGCCCUCAUGUGGUUUAAUCCUGUCUUGUUUGGCUUUUCCAAAAUAACACUAAAAUAAUGUACAGUACAUUCGUCCCUUAUAAUUAGGAUUGGCUUUUGGUCUCUGUAGCUUAGCUACAGUGCCUUGACUUGCAUGGUGAAUCUAGUCCCAGUUAUCUUAUCAACAGAUAUCCUGCAACAUCACAACAGACAUGCUAAUUGAUCCGAGACCACUGUGACUCAAAUUUUGCAUUAGAGAGCAGUGAAAUGUGAUUAUGAUUUUUUGAUUACUUUAUGAUUAUUACAAGUUUAUGAUUACUAGUUGUUAAAAAAAGUCAACAAACUAGAACUAAAGUUACAAUAGUGUGUGUUAUUUACAAUUGGCCAACUAUUGUACUGGAUGCAAAACAUACAAUUUUUAUCAGAUUCCUGGUUACAACAGUGGUUGAUUACCUAACAUUGUUUUAAUAUUCAACAGUUACAAAGGUUUAGUAAUACAUUUUUCACGUGGCUUUCAAAUCUAGUCAUUACCAUACAAUGUGGAUACAUUACCAUACAAUUUUCUUAGUCAUAAUAAACAGUUAAGAUGUAUAUAUAUAUAUAUGCUGUAAUUGUUAUUUAUUUAGUUUUUCAAGUGUAAUCUGCGAACUUUGUAAUUUUUAUUAAAAUUUAAUAUUAAUUUUAUUGAUCCAUAAUCCUAUAUUAUUCUUCAAUUUAUUAUUAUAUGGUUGAGUUAUGGAACCUUCAAAAUCUAAUUGAUGGUGUUCUGGAUUUGAUCCAGAACCAAUAAUAAUUCAGGUUUCCAAAUAAAUGCUAUUUUGGGGCUAUUUAUUACCAUAUUUUUAUAGAUUUUUAAUUGCAAAUUAGUCAAUAAAGGGUUUCUGCAUAUUCAGACAAUAUAAAGAAUUAUGUCUAUAUAAACAGCCCAUCCUCCUGUUUUGGUAGUACAGUACUGUACUCAUAGUAACGAUGAGGACCAUAGUAUAUAUACUGACCUAAUAUAGUACAUAUGUGGCCUAAUAUAGUACAUAUGUGUGCUAUACUAGGCCUAGGAAUAUUUAAGUUUGUUUUUUAGCUUCGUUUAUUUUAAAAGAUUCGUUACUAGUCAGUAUACUACUAUCUAAAGGCUAAGUAUGUAAGAAUUCGUGAUUAUUGACGACCAUCACAAUCACAAUAGGUACUAUCUAAACAGGAGGAUGGGUUGACACAAACAGUAUAUACCAAAAAAUAUGAAAUGCUAUUUUUGCAUGUAAUGUAUUGUAGCAGAGGAUGGAAUGGGUAACCCAGAGACAGUCAAAUGCGUCCAUGUUAACUCUCCAUAGGCUCAUAUAGCUUAUCACAUCCUAGCUGGUGUAGCAUCUCUUGUAGAACCUUAUCAUUGUCUCUUUCUGAAAGCUUCACUUUUAUUUCAGUUAUAUUUUGUUUUAUUUUUGCUGGCAGAACAUUGAAGUCAUGGACCUCUAAUGUUCACACUCCCUACUGUUCAAUGUUUUUUUUUCUACACUUUGUACAAUAUCUCUCACUCAUUUUACUGUGUAAGUUUGGAACAUGAUCUUCAAGUAUUUUCCUUGUUAAUAUUUAUUUAUUUUCUCUCCUGUUCCAGAGAGUACACAGUUUGAGUGAGUCUUGAAUAUACAUUUAAGACUUGCUCUUGAUACAUAGUAUUACAGAAGUGUAAUAAUAAGGAAUGUAACCCUUUUAUUUGCAUGGUUUUGGAGGAAGGUUCGAUGAUAUUAGGGUAAGUGCUUUAUAGUACAGUAUUUCAAAAUGCAGCACAAGGAUGAAUGAAUAGUGUGGAAUAACACAGCAAAUCCCAGCCCAUCCUCCUGUUUCAGUAGUGCUUAGUAAUAAUAAGGACCAUAGUAUGUAUAUAUACAGACGUACAACGAAAUUAGAACGUAGAAAUCUGAAUUAUUGAGUUGGACAAACCAGAAAACUAUUUUUUACUUGUGUUGCUUUGACAAACUAACCUAACCUUCCUAGGCCUAGUACAUGUGUGCUAUACUAGGCCUAGGAAUAUUUAAGUUUGUGUUUUAGCUUAAUUUUAAAAGAAUUCCUUACUAGUCAGUAUACUAGUAUCUAAACCCUAAGAACGUACAAGUUUUGACUACAGUAUUGAUGAUCGUCACAAUGGGUACUAUCUAAACAGGAGGAUGGGUUGACAAAUCCAUAGGUGUAGCUUUUUUUCCCUGUAGUUUAUGGGGCUUCCACUAUGCCACAUUCCAGUUCAAUGAAAUUUGUGGAUUGUAUGCUUGCCUCAUUAUACAUACUGUGGGAAAUUUAAGGAAGCUUUAGAUAGUGAAGUUCAAAUAGGCAUUUUAGUGAUUAAAGUGGGGGAAAGUGGCUUAGAGGUUUUUGAAACCUAAGCCUAUUUUCCCCUAUACCCUUAAGUUUGAUUUGCAUGUUCUUCUAUUUAGUUUUUACAGGAACACAAUCCCAAUACAAAUUGAGGGUCACCAGUAGGCAGAACUGUGUUUAGAACAUAUUCAAUAGUUUUCUAUUAGUGAAGAACCAGAUAAAUAUUUUUGAAUAUUUGCCACAUUAAUCGGGUUUAUGUGUGAGAAAAAUAUGGGUGUCCCAUUGUUUUAAGAAGGAAACCUAUUAGGAUUAUAAUGGGCUUAUCAGAGGUGCAAUAGGUACUCAGAGAGAACUCUAUCGACAUCGGAGGCUUGAGACUGUUAACACGCUUCCAGUAGACAUAAGGGGCAUAAAUGGCUGACCCCUCGCAGUGUUCAAGAGAGAACUUGAUAAACACCUUUAAAAGAUACCUGAUCACCAGGUUGUGACUCAUACGUCAGGCUGCAAGCAGUCGCGUCCAACAGCCUGGUUGACCAGUCCAGCAACCGGGAGGCCUGGUCGGGGACUGGGCCAUGGGGACACUAAGCCCCGAAAUCAUCUCGAGUUAAGGCUUAAGAGUAAAGACUGACCUUUCCCAGGAAGCAAAACACAACAGUCUUCUAACUCUCACUUACCUAUUAACUGCUAGGUGAACAGAGCCAUCAGGUAUAAGGAAAUAUUAAACAUCUCGCCCUACCUGUGGUUUGAUCUAGAGACCAAUUAGUUGCAAUCCUCCGUAAGCAUCCCUCAUCUUCUGUAUUGGCUUCCCGAAAUAUUCCGUACCAGACAGUGUUUAAUAACUGAACUGAAUUAGCACCUUUGAAUAACUACCUACAGGUUUGCAUUUCACCCAACAGGUCCAGUGAAUACCUACCUCACUAAUUUAUAGAGGUUAAAACCCUGAGAAAUCCUAAUAUAAAGCCCCCUCUCCUCAGUACUUUUAAUCCACUCCUUCCCAAUGUACACUAAAUGGAUGUCAACCCUAGCAUACAUCUCAAAAUUAUAAUUGAAUUGGUCAGAGUUGUUUAUAAAUUAUGUUGCAUUAAAUUCUGAAACAAAUUGCCCUAAAUGGUAAUUUUAGUUCAUUCCUCUUCUAUUAUUAUAUAUGAUCAGGAUCCCACCCUCCUGAACUCCAGAAGGCCACAACAUCCUCGAUACCUACUCCUGCAAGUACAGCCACGUCUUCUACCUAAUAUAUAUUACAUUGUAUUCAAAAUUACUGUUAGAAAACAAUCAGUUUGGUGAAAUUAAGCAUUUUGGUCGCAUUACUGGGUGAAUGUGGCAUAAUGGUCACUCCGUCGAGUUUAGUUGGAGGACAUGGUUUAGGUUGAUGGGUUCAGGGACUCGAGAUACAUUUUCAAAUGAUGGCAAGCCUUGAGAGUAGCAUCAAAUGCCAGCUGAUGAUUGUAAUCUCAAAAUGAAGCAAAUGUUAUAUGUACAGCAGCUCCCUAUGAACAUUUCAUAUGGCAUUCGGAGCAGUGCAAGUUAAUUGAAGAGCUCUCUUGAUUGAAAGAUUUAGGAUAUUAACAAUAUAUUGAAUACAAAAAUAUAUUUAAAAAUAUUCAUUAUAUAGCCAUUCACUGUAAUGAAAGGUCUAGAAAAUAAUCCCAAACUUCAACAGUUAAUAACUUUCAAAUUAAGAAAAUACUGUUCUAUACUAUGAUUUUCAGUAGUAGGUACCAUAGGUAACAAGAGUUCAUGUUUUUACCAAUUUACAUAAACAUAAUCUCCUGUAAUAGCUCAUGGGAUGCUCAUAUAAAACUCGAUCUCCUGUCCUGUGUUCUGCAAUAUCUAAAGCAGAAUUGUAUCAUUACUGUAUAUUCAUUAUCCUAGUUAUGAAACUGGCUCUGUCCCUCACUGAUAAAUUACAAUCAUAGAAUUAGGCAGUCUUUUUCUUUCUCCAAUAAGAAAGCACUCGGUGCUCCUCCUCGCUGAAGUUGUAUCAUGUGUCUUUGAAGAUAAAUCAGUGAGGUUGGAGGUCAGAUCAAGACCACUACAGAUAAGAUACAAACCUUAUAGAAAGUUCAGUCCAAUGCAUUUUUAAGUUUUCAUUAACUUGCCUUGUUCUUUAAUUGCUGGUUUUCACUGCCUCUGGUACCGCUGUAUCUCUACAUAACACUAUGCAUAAUCAUUCAUAUAUAUAAACGAUAGGUGAGGAAAUAUGCAAAGUGUGGUUUAUUUAUUUUAAUAAUUAAAUUAUUAUUUAGUUUAUAUACCUUUAUACUGUAAGAGUACUGUACACACCCAAGUCAACAGAGUAUAUAAUCUCAUUAUUAAAUAUGCUCAAUCACAUCAUUAUAUUUUUUUUACAGUAUUAUCAUUUUUACUACUAUAAUUUAUAUAAAUUAUAAAAUAUAUUACAGUAUUCA